AUGUGGGCCAGGAUCUACCAUGCCUUUUCGCACCGUCCCGUAAUGUUCCGAACCUCAUGCGAGACUAUGCAAUUUCAAUUUUUGAGACCAAAACCCUGCCUUUCGAAUAGGAUUACACAUGGUCUCACUAUCGUUUCCAUCAACGCCCUUUACGAUGCCAA